AUGGGUAUUUUACGCCGCCUUUCGUCGUAUUGCUCUGGCUCAAUCAAAACCUCUUCUCCCCCUCCCCGUUUUCCCCGUUACAGAAUGACUCGCUCGCUUCUCUUACAGCGCCUACAGGCGGUCGCCGAGCAGCAACCUCCCAGCCAGCCGCCCAGCAGACCGCCUGACCUGCCGGCGGAAGCCGCGCAGAGGGCGGAGGCUGCCCGCCGCGCAGGCGGCCUCGCGGCAACAACAGCCACUUACGAGCCUGCUGUGCUGGGGAAUGGCUUGACAGGGAGGGGCAGUGCCAUGCUCGCAGGCACAUGCACAGGUACGGGCAUGGGCACAGGCACGGGCACGGGCACAGGUACGGGCAUGGGCACAGGCACGGGCACGGGCACAGGUACGGGCAUGGGCACAGGCACGGGCACGGGCACGGGCACGGGCACAGGCACGGGCACAGGCACGGGCACAGGCACGGGCACAGGCACGGGCACGGGCACGGGCACAGGCAGGGAUUUGCGUGAGCGGUGGGAGCAGGCAUUGCAGAGCGGCAAGGGGCGGGCGAUGAGGUGGAGUGACGAGCAGACAAUCGCCCUGCUGAAGAUCAUGCGCGGCGUGCUGCGCUCUCAGGACUCCCCCCUCCCCGGCAGGAUCGAGGACUGGGGGGCGGUGCACCGCGAGUGGUUGCGGCGAGGGUUCCCGCGGUAUUUGGAGGAGCAGCUGCGAUUGCGGUGCAAAGUGGUGCGCGGGUGGGUGAAGGACAUUCGGGUCCUCCAGGCGCUGCUGCCGCCUGAAGUCGCCUGGGACCCCACCACUCAGUGCUUCAACCCCGACCCCAAGGUGAGCGUCCUUCACGGGACCGAGGGCGAGGUGAGCGUGAGAGAGGGCGAGCUGGGCAUCAUUCCGCGGCUGAAGCAGCACAGGCGGUGGAAGCACUACAGGCGGUGGCGCAAGCACACGGCGCCGUGGCUGCCCCUUGCGCUGCUCACCGCCCACACGUGCCCUGCUGCGGCCCCGCUGUGGGACGAGGAGUGGGAGGAGGAGGACGAGGAGGAGGAGGAGGAUUGGGGAGAGGGGGAAGGAGGGGAGGAGGAUGGGGAAGAGGAGGAUGAAGUGGUGGAGGUGCAGGCUGAGGGGGAGGAGGAUGGGGAGGCGGGGGAGGAGGAGGUUGAGGAGGGGGGAGGGGAGGAGGGAUGGGGCAAUGGAGACCGAAUUCGGAAUGUGGCAGGGAUGCAUAGGCAUGAAUCAGGAAGGAAUGUGCGGAGUCGGAGGGACAGAGGAGGGGUGGAGGCAGGGGGGGGUAGUGGAGAGCGGUGGAGGGGUGGAGAGUGGGAUGGUGAUGAGUGGUGGGGGACGAGGAGGGGGGACGCUGGGCGACAGGGAGGGCAGGGAGAGGGCUUGAGGAACAGAGAGAGAGGAGAGGGUGUGGAAGAGAAUGGUGGGUCUGAUCGUGCAGCUGAAGUACCGCGGGCCAAUGGUGUUCCUCGUGCUGAGGUGGCACGUAACAAUGUCACUUUUGCUGAUGUGGCUCGUGCUGCUGACAUGGCUCAUGCGGAUGGGACUGCUGCAGGGCGGGAGGGAGGGCAGGGAGGGGGCGUGAGGAGCAGAGAGGGAAGAGAGGGUGUGGGCGAGAGAAGGGUUGGGAGUGGCGGGGUCGGGGCUGCACAGGGGAAUGGAGGGGUCGACUGUGCAGCUGACGCAUCGCGGGCCAAUGGCGUUGCUUGUGCUGAGGUGGCACGUAACAAUGUCACUUUUGCUGACGGUGCUUAUCCUGCUGACGUGGCUCGUGCUGACGUGGCCCAUGCUGCUGACAUGGCCGGUGCAAGCGCGGAUGAGAGGGACGAGUACCCUGCGAGGCUGGCAGCGCGGAUCGCUGGCAUGGUGGCGAGCAGGAGGGAGCAAGGCGGCACAGAGAGGCGAGGGAGAUGGGGUUCUAGAGGGGUGGAAAGAGAGGAGGAGAGGCGGGAAGGGGGGCGAGGGGAGGAGGGGAGAGCGGGGAGGGGUGUGAAGCGGUCGAGGCCGGUGUGGGGGCAGGUGAGGGAGAGGAAGCGGCAGCGGCGGGUGAUGGAGAGUGUGGCGCGUGCCCUCACCACGUUCAGGAGCAUGGCGGAGAAGGGGCAGCCGCACGUGCACCGAGACGCAGUGGCGGACAGCGUGUUCAAGUCAGUGCAGGACGUGCAGGCCCUCAGCUCUCUCACGGACGCGCAGCGCGUGGCAGCCAUCGACGCCUUCCUGCAGCGCCCCCUCGACGCCCACGCCUUCCAGGCCAUGAGCCCCGCCCUGCAGACCCUCUUCGCCCGCCACGCCCACGCUCAGGCCGUUGACCGCCAGCUGGCCGGGAUUCAAGCUGCCGCUGCUGCUGGGGGGAAUGCACCCGUCACAGACCGGCUCCUCGCCCCGCUGCAGGGCGGGGCUGGUGUGGCUGGAGUGGCUGGGGUGGCUGGUGUGACUGCAGGUGUUGGGGAGGUGUGGGGGGGAUUGGGGAUAGGGGGAUUGGGUGGGGGUGGGGGUGGGGGUGUGGGGGGGAUGGGCGCAGGGGGGGUGGGUAUGGGGGGGAAUGUCGUGGGGGCAAUGGGGUUUGGGGCAACUGGGGCGGGGGGGGUGGGAACAUCAAGGUUGGGAACGGCAGGGAUGAGCAUGGGGGCAGCAGCAGUAGCAGCAGCCUCAGCAGGAGGAGCGAGAGGUGUACAGGGUGUGGGAGGGAUGGGAGGAGGAAGAGGGGUUAGUGGGGGAGGAGGGGAAGGACGGGCAGAGGGGCCAGGAGGAGCAAGUGGGUUGAAUAGCGCGGGUGGGCUGGGCAGCACAGGUGGGUUGGGUGGCAGACAAGGGGCGGGCAGCAUGGCAGGGCUGCAGCAGCUAGGGCAUCGCGUGGAGGAGUUGGUGCGAGAGAGCCUGAGAGGAGUCAACAACGCCUAUCAACAGGCAGUCAACGCUGGUCAAGGAGCAGUCAAUGCUGGUCAAGGGGCAGUCAAUGCUGGUCAAGGAGCAGUCAAUGCUGGUCAAGGAGCAGUCAAUGCUGGUCAAGGAGCAGUCAAUGCUGGUCAAUGCUGGUCAAGGGGGGUGGGUGGCAUUCCAGUGGUGGUCAACGGGAUUCAAUGCGAGUGCCCUGAGUGUGUGGCUGCUAGAAUGUCUGUCAGAACGCGUCAAGGCACAGUCAACUCGAGUCACGAUGCGAGUCAAGCAGUGGUCAAUGCGGGUCAAGCAGCAGUCAACGCGAGCCCAUUGGUGGUCAAUGUGGAUCCAAGUAGGGGAGCAUCAGCGAAUCAGGUGGAGAAAGCUGUCGGCCAGCCAGGGUUGGGUGUAGGUCGUGUGGGAGGAGCUGCUGUGCUACAGACAAGAAUUGCUUGUCAAGCAACAGUCAACGCUAGUCAAGCAGCAGUGAAUGCAGGAGAGGCAGUAGGUGUGGGUCAAGGCAGAGCGGAUGUGGGAGCAGGGGGAGGAGGAGUGGAAGGAGGGGUUUGGAGGGAAGCAGCGAUCGUGGGGCUGCCAUUGGUGGAGCGGCUGCUGCAGGGCCAGGCGAGGGAAAGAAGUAGUGCUGUGGCGAGGGGACAGGGGGAGACAGGCAGGCAGGGAGAGGAGCAGCAAGGGGAGCAGGGAGGGGAACAGGGAGGGGAACAGGGAGGGGAGGCGAGAGGGGAGCAGGGAGGGGAGGCGAGAGAGGGGCAGGGAGGGCGGCAGGUAGGGGAUGAGAGGGUGGGGACGGUGAGCGUGCCUGGGGGCUGUGGCAGCGGAGGGGGGGUGUUCACGCUGUCGCACCGCUGUGUGGCGGACGGGCCGGCAGGGCAGUGCAGCCUGUGCAGCAUCGUGGCUGACCUCGUCAAAGAGCUGGGGGGAGGCGCUGCUGGGGGAGGUGCUGCUGGGGGAGGCGCUGCUGGGGGAGGCGCUGCUGGGGGAGGCGCUGCUGGGGGAGGCGCUGCUGGGGGAGGCGCUGCUGGGGGAGGUGCUGCUGGGGGAGGCGCUGCUGGGGGAGGCGCUGCUAGGGGAGGCGCUGCUGGGGGAGGUGCUGCUGGGGGAGGCGCUGCUGGGGGAGGCGCUGCUGGGGGAGGCGCUGCUGGGGGAGGGGGUGCUGCUGACCUCGUCAAAGAGCCUGGGGCGCCUGGUGGUGGGGGGAGGCAGGGCAAGGAGGUGGGGGCGCCUGGUGGUGGGGGGAGGCAGGGCAAGGAGGUGGGGGCGCCUGGUGGUGGGGGGAGGCAGGGCAAGGAGGUGGGGGCGCCUGGUGACACGGUGCGUAGUGGGGGCGAGAUUGGGGAUGAUGGGAGAGAAGUGGCGGGUGAUGGGAGAGAGGUGGCGGGUGAUGGGAGAGAGGUGGCGGGUGAUGGGAGAGAGGUGCGCGCCGGGGGCAAGGUGGGGGGUACUGAGGGUGAGAUGUCCGGUCCGAGAGGGGAGGAGGGCGGGCAUGCUGGUGGAGGCGCAGACGGGGCAGACGCAGGGGAGAGGGGUGUGGCGGGAAGGGUGAGGGCAGAGGAGGGUGGUGAGGGAAGGGGUGGUGAAGGUGAAGAAGCAGUCAAUGCAGGUCGAAGGGCGGUCAAUGCAGGUCAAGGUGCGGUCAAUGCAGGUCAAGGGGCGGUCAAUGCAGGUCAAGGGGCGGUCAAUGCAGGUCAAGGGGCGGUCAAUGCAGGUCAAGGGGCGGUCGAUGCAGGUCAAGGGGCGGUCAAUGCAGGUCAAUGGGCGGUCAAUGCAGGUCAAGGGGCGGUCAUUGCUGGUCAACGGGUGGGUUUGAGUGGAGGGAAAGAGUUGUUGCUUUCAGGCCAGAAUGUGAGUGCUGGAUGGGAUAUGCGUGAGGACGAGCAGUUGAGUGAGGGGACAGGAAUCGUAUGUGUGAGGAACGAUGGAGUUAUUGUGUUCGAGGGGGGGGAUAUGAGUAUGGAGGAGGGAGGCACCUCUGAGCUGGAAGGCGAUGUGCCUAUAGGAGAAGGGGAUGCGACUGUGAGGGGAGGGGACUUGAGCAGUAAGGAGGGAGAGACACAUGGGAAGGAAGACAAUACGAAUGGGAAGGAAGGAGAGAUGAGUGGGGAUGAGAGGAAGACGGGCGGGACUGGGGGAGAGAUGGCUGGGGAGGAGAGAGAGGCGAGUGGGAAGGAGGGAGAGAAGAGUGGGGAGGAGGGAGAGAAGAGUGGGAAUGAGGGAGACACUAGUAGAAAGGAGGAAGAGAUGAGUGGGAAGGAGGGAGAGACGAGUGGGAAGGGGGGAGAGACGAGUGGGAAUGAGAGAGAGAUCAGUGGGAAGGAGGGAGAGACAAAUGGGAAGGAAGGAGAGAGGAGUGGAGAGGAGGGAGAGACUGUUCGAAAUGAGGGAGAGAUGAGUGGGGGGGAGGGAGAGAAGAGUGGGAAUGAGGCAGACACUAGUAGAAAGGAGGAAGAGACGAGUGGGAAGGAGGGAGAGACGAGUGGGAAGGGGGGAGAGACGAGUGGGAAUGAGAGAGAGAUCAGUGGGAAGGGGGGAGAGACGAGUGGGAAUGAGAGAGAGAUCAGUGGGAAGGAGGGAGAGACGAAUGGGAAGGAAGGAGAGAGGAGUGGAGAGGAGGGAGAGACUGUUCGAAAUGAGGGAGAGAUGAGUGGGAAGGAGGGAGAAACAUGUGGGAAGGAAGGAGGGACAAGUGGAAAGGAGGGAGAGAUGGGUGGAAAGGAGGGAGAGACGAGUGGGAAGGAAGGAGUGGCGAAUGGAGAGGAGGGAGAGACUAUUGGGAACGUAGAAAAGACGAGUGGGAGGGAGGGAGAGAAGAGUGGGAAGGAGGGAGAGACGAGUGGGGGGGAGCAAGAGACGAGUGGGAAGGAUGGAGAGAUGAAUGGGAGAGGAGGGGGAGGUGAGUGA